UCGUCCACAGCCGCAGUGCGAGGGGAACAUGUCCGGAUCGAGGGGCAACAUGUCCGGAUCGAGGGGGACCACGUCCGGAUCACAGGAGACCGACUCGUGUCCGGACGGCUACCGGGCUCUGAGCCCCGCGGAGCUGCGGGAGUUGCUGCACAGCGACGGCAAAAUGGACCAGAUCAUCCGCCUCAAUGACACGUUCCAGGAUCUCCAGGUGGACAGGGAGACGCUGCUGACCUCCAACCGCAGCCUGGCCGAGGAAAGCCUGGCCCGGCGACCCCGGCUCAAUAACGGCAAACUCCAGCUGGCGGAGAAAUACCGGGAACUGUCCAGCCUGGCAACCACGUGCUGGGAAAAACAGAGUCAGCUCGGAGCUCACGUCCAGAAGCAGAGCCUGCAGACGAUGCAGAACCUCCUGCAGGAGGAGGUGGCACAAGCAGAGGAGCAAUCAGAGGAGCUGCUGGAGAAGUUCAUGGAGGGGAACGUCAACCUGGACGACUUCCUGGACUCCUUCCAGUGCUCCAGGAAGACCUAUCACGUCCGCCGGGCGCAGGCGGAGAAGCUGCAGGAGGUCGCUCAGGCCAAACGCCAGCCGGGCAAAACCAAGACGGCGGAGGAGAGCCGGGUCCCGGAGGUGAAGAGGGACCAGGACACGCCCCCGGAGCCGCAGCGGCCCAACGGCUUCGUAGCGCAAGGACCUUUGAGACUGUUCCAGGUGCGCUACGGCCUCACGCCGGCCAUCCUCCUGCCUCACUACCCGGUUUCCCCCCCGGCCUCGGCCCCCUGCUAUCAGAGUAGCACCCCCCCGACGCCCGAGCCCCAGCUGGGACAGACCCACAUCCUCGGCCCCAGCACGCCGCUGCCAGGACACGGGCAGCCGGUCAACCUCAGGGUCAUCGGACAGCUAUCGGGGGGCUGGCCGGCCAACGGGAGGCCGGUGAGAGUGCAGCAGCUUUACAGGCCCAACCCCCAACAGCCCGAGCCGCCGUUCCGGUAA